GCUAGGGUGGAGAGCAGCUUUUAAAUUAGAACAAAUGUGCCCAGGCUCAGUUGGGGCACUUAUAGGAGGGAACUGGACUGAUGUUUCUCUCCCUCCCUCUCUAAAGUCAAUAAUAAAUACAUUAAAUUAAGUAUAUUAGAACACAUACUCUUAGCUGUCAGUCUGGGCCAGACAGUUCUCAGUGCUUUGCACAUAGUAACUCAUAAAGCCAUUGGAGCAGCUAUGUGAUGGGUGCCCUGGUAUCUCCAUUUGUGGGUGGGAAAACUGAGGCACAGAGUACUAGUAAUGGACCUGUAAUCUCACGGUGGGUGGGUGACUUCCAAUAUCACGCAAAUGGCUUUAAGCAAAAGUAGCAGCACCUGCUGAGCUGAGAGACGCCAGUCCUUGGUGAGGGGGCUGGGGUCUACACUCUGGGGAGCGUGUAGGGGACAGGUGUGUGGGGUGAGGCUGAUCGGGAGUACCAGGGAGAGGGCAGGCUAGGGUGAAGGGACUGGGCUUGAGAGGUGCAGGGAGAGGGCCAGAGCAACUGGAGUCAGUGACUGACUGUGGUGGGUGGUGGCAAGGGGCAGUGGAGCUGGUGGGGCCAGGUGCCAGGCUGCAGGGUGGGCAGAGGAAGGACAACCUGGCCCAGAAUUAGACACCCUGCAAGUCUAUCAGUAUGGCCAUCUGAGCAGGAGAGAGGCCUGGUGCCCUCUGAGCAUGAAUUAUCAGGAGGGGCUCACCGAAGGCACCAGGGAGAGCUGGGUUGACUCUAGGAUUUGGGUUCAAGGGGAAGUGUUACCAUGUGGGUGUUGGGGGCAGAGUCAACUCAGGGGCUCAUCAACUUCAGGCUCAGUCCUGGUCCUGCACUGCCUGCCUCUCCCCUCCCCCACCCCUUGGCCCCUGCCAGAACAUGGCACUGGGCCCAUUACUGGAGUUGGCUGGUUGUGUUUCAGAACAAAGUUCUGGACGUGGAUGGCAUGAAGGUGAAGCUGCAGAUCUGGGACACAGCUGGCCAGGAGCGGUUCCGCAGCGUCACCCAUGCCUACUAUCGUGAUGCACAUGCGCUGCUACUGCUCUAUGAUGUCACCAACAAGGCUUCCUUUGACAACAUCCAGGCCUGGCUGACCGAGAUCCAAGAAUAUGCCCAGCACGACGUGGUGCUCAUGCUGCUAGGGAACAAGGUGGAUUCUGCCCAGGAGCGCGUGGUGAAGAGGGAGGAUGGGGAGAAGCUGGCCAAGGAGUAUGGGCUGCCUUUCAUGGAGACCAGUGCCAAGAUGGGCCUCAACGUGGAUUUGGCCUUCACAGCCAUAGCAAAGGAGCUGAAGCAGCGCUCCAUGAAGAGCACCAGCGAGCUCCACUUCCAGCUGCACGACUAUGUCAAGAGGGAGGGCCGCAGGGCCUCCUGCUGCAGACCCUGAACCAGGGAAAGCUGGUCGGCAGGGCCCUCUACUUGUCACCCAGCGGUCAAUCCCAGGGUUUCCAGGACUCUCGGGCUGAGCCUAGCCCUUCCCCUGUCUGUGUUGCAAUCUAUAUAACCUCAGUCCUAACAAAUGGGC